AUGGAUCUGGAGGAUGUCACAGCGACCAUACUCUCCGAGUGGAAGUGCCAUGAGGGCGCUUUUGGAGAGAAUCAGGAGUCGCUUCAGUCCUCCUCAGCGGAGUCUGCGAUGGACUCCAUGUGCUCCUCACCAGAGAUGUGCUACUCCACCGACCGCCAGGAGAUCAAGGAGUUCUCUUUUGGCUUCACGGGGCGCAAAGUGACUUCGACGGCACAGAGGCAAAGCAAGUCAAAGAUGUCCACCAAAAGACGCAUGAAGGCCAGCGAGAGGGAGAAGAUGCGGAUGAGGAGUCUUGCGGAGGCGCUGCACCAGCUCCGUGACUACCUGCCACCGGACUACAGCAAGAGAGGCCAGCCCCUGACCAAGAUACAAACGCUCAAAUACACCAUCGAGUACAUCAACAAGCUCUCAGCCAUCCUGAGCCGCGCGUAA